AUGCCCACAGAUAAUAUCAAAUUGCUGAAGUCUAUUCAGAAGGAUGACUUUCCCACGGAAUCGGAUCGGUUCGAGGCCAAAGAGGCUGCCCGGGCUCUCCUUAGCCGACUCGAAACGCCUUUUGAAAGGGCAUGGUCGCUAACGGCCGAGCAGCCAAUGUAUGUCGCUGGUCUUCUCCUGCUCAAGGAUCUGGGGAUCUGGACCAAAUGGGCCGAUCUCGACAGAGAAGAUUGCCCGGCCGCAUCAAGGUCCUUGACGGAUAUUCUGGCAAUGUGUACCACCGCUGUCGAACCGAAUCUUUUGCUCGAGGAAGUCGAUGUCGAUACUUGGAAGCCGACUGCUUUCUCCCUUGGUAUGGGAGGUGAAAUCGGCAAGAUGAUGCAGAUGACCAUUGAUCAUUCGUGGCCCAGUGGUCUGCAUCUACCCAAAUUCCUUGCCAAGGUCGGCUAUGUGGAACCGCUUAAUCUCAGCAAGUUUGACAACUACACCGACGUAUACGGGCUUCCAUAUUGGGAGCGAUGCGAGAGAGAACCAGAGAUUGGAGGGAGUUUUUGGGCAUUAAUGGGUGGACUGACCGCCAACAAGAUGGACUGGACAGCAGUUUAUGAUACGAACCGUCUUGUCGACGGUGCGGAUAUAUCUUCGGCCCAGGCACCACCUCUUUUUGUCGAUGUCGGUGGACUGCACGGCUUGGACACAAACCGUCUCCUCGCUCGUCACCCGUCCCUCCCGGCCGGCAUCCUCUUUGUGCAGGAUCUGCCCGGAAUCGUGGACGCCCAAAACGAAUUGGACCAGAAGGCUGUUCAUGAAGGGAGACCGCGGCUAGACUCGCGUAUUUCACGCAUGAAGCAUGAUUUUUACAAUCCGCAGCCUCUGCUUGGCGCCCGGGCCUAUUUUUUGCACGCUGUUUUACAUGACUGGCCAGAUGCCGACUGCAUCCGCAUCUACUUCGUAGUGGAGCGCAUCAGGGACGCCAUGACGAAGGGGUACAGCAAACUAUUGAUCUAUGAAGUUGUCUUGCCACCCAAGGGGGCCACAUCCUUUGCAGGAGCCAUCGAUAUGUGUUUGAUGACCAUGACCUCGGGGAGGGAGAGAACAGAGGCAGACUGGAAGCAGAUGAUCGAGGCCGUCAGACUCAGAGUGGUUCGCAUCGAUCGACACGACAGGGCGGUAGAGAGCGUAAUCGAGGUUGAGCUGGCUUGA